UUGUUCAGGCACUUUUUUCGACAAGGAAAGAGACAUAUAAUAGCUGCCGAGGUUUUCUUUGUUGUUUUUUAUUUCUAUUUACUUGUUUAUCUAAUUUUUUUCUUUCUUUAUUUCUAUUUAUAUUUAUUUAUUUACUUUCUUCGUUUUGAAAGGGGGGAGGGGAACAAAGAAAAGGUUUUGGGUCUGCACAGAAUACGCACGCCAGGAGUGCUUCGGUGCUUCGAAAUAGUUUAUUUCUUCUGGCUACAAAUAAAAGAGAUCCGGUUAGAAUUAUAUGGAGACUGUUCAAAGCUUUGGGUCAUUCUUUGUGACCGAGAAAUGGCUUCCGGACAUUCGCCAGCAGUAUGUUCGAUGGUUGCAUCAUCAAGUUCUGUGGAAAAUGUGCCAGUUGUUGGGUCGACUAGGAGUUCGGCAAGUUCAUUUAAUUCUUUGUCUCCUGUAUGUAACUCGACAACGUCGUCAUCACAGUGGGAUGUGCCGUUGUCUCGUCUGUGUUUAGGAGGUGAAAUUGUUGCUGUGCCGUCAGCGAUUAUACAAGAGGUGCAAGUACUAAAUUUUGACGCUGACUCUGCUCAAGUGCUAAAAAUUGAGUCAGUUUUUCGUCAGGUUAUAACUAAGGAAGCAUUUCGCUCAUUAAGUUCUGAGGGGCAGCAGUAUCUUAAGAGGUUUCUUCCACGGUACGAGGGAGCAGAGAAUGAUGAGGAGCUAAUACUGGAUGCAGCCUUUACUGACGAUAAAAAUUUCUAUUUUGGUAACUCAAUGGCAAAAGUUCACUCAAAAAUUAGAUGUGGAUACUUCAAUCCUGAACGCCCCUCUGCGAUUGUUCAGUUACGGGAUAACCGCCGCGUAUUAUAUGAUCAUAAUAUUCGUCAUUAUUAUAUCUCGCUUUUGAAAAAACUCCUUAUAGCUCGUAGAUAUUUUUUUUCUGUUCCAAAAUUAAACUCACUACGUAUUUUUAGAAGAGACAAAAAAAAAAACAAGUGGUUAAUGCUACCAAAUUUAACAAAACUUAUGGAGUCUUUUUAUAACACUCAAGCAUCUGAGAAAUUUCCAAGAAUAUCUCCAAGGUCUGCACUUUUUCGUAAACGAGAAACUGUCAGGAAUUUGAAAAAGAGAGCUCAGUACAGAGCGAAGAUUAUGUUGGACGAUAUAAAAAAGGAAUUCAAUGACGAAACCAUUUCUUCUGACGAUGAAGAUUUACCACCAGCACUGAUUGAGGACAUAAAUUUUGCCGGACGAAGUACUUUAUAUAAUCCUAAUUUCCCAGAUUUGGAUUUGCACCAUGACAUAUCCGUCGAUGAAGUGAAGGACAUGUUAAAAGAAUACAGGCAUCUAAAGGAAACGCAGCCGGAUUUGCCAUCAAUGGAUAUCUCCGGAAUUACGGUGGAAGAUGUAUAUCAAAGAACUAAAUUGCCUUGUAUUGCGGAAAGAAACCUGACACCUGAAGUAUCAGAAGCCAUGAAACAACCUUUUAGGCAGAAUAAAUGAGU